GGUUUUGUUGGUUUCGGGAUUCGGUAGACGUGGGAGGCGAUACUCGUUUCGCGGGAUAGAGAAAGACAAUAAUGUCGGAGGAGAAUGGCAAAGUAGAUAUGGAGACUGCUGCACAACUCCCACACACAUCUCUCUAUCAAUAUCUAAGAUCGGGAAAGGGUGCAGAUGUGGUCCUUUGGAGGAGGAGAAAUGCUGCCAUUAGCAUCCUUGUAGUUGCUACUACUUUAUGGUUCCUGUUUGAAUGUUGUGGAUACAGUUUAUUGUCCCUUGUUGCCAAUGUCUUCCUGCUUUUGAUUACAAUCUUAUUUGUUUGGUCAAAUGCUGCAUCUGUACUCAAUAGGCCUCCACCUUCUGUCCCUGUAUUGAAAGUGUCAGAGGAAACAAUAAACAAAAUAAGCGCUACUAUGAGGGAAAACAUAAACUAUGGACUCAAGGUGUGGCGAGAAUUUGCCCUUGGCAAGGAUUUAAAAUUGUUUUUGAAGGUGGCUUUUGUGCUAUUGAUUCUCUCCACAGCUGGUGCCUGCUUCAAUUUCUUAACACUUGUAUAUAUAUGUGUUCUAGUUUCCCUUACACUUCCUGCUUUUUGUAACAAGCACCGGGAUUGUAUAGAUAGAUAUGCUGAAAUUACACGCAAUGAAAUUAGAAAGCGAUACGAAAUGUUUGAUGCUCAUGUUUCGAGCAAGAUUCCAAGGGUUUUUUCGAAAAAAACGAAGGUGCUGUGAUCGUUCCAGACGUAUAUUGUGAGAUAUUGUGUGUAUUAAUGUACAUCUUAAAAUUAAUGUGGUGCUAGUCAUACUUACCAGGUUCGCAAUAUUUGAUUCAUUCGGAAGGCCAAUAAGUUUCGGAAUUCCAGAUUUUUCUUAAAAAGGGGUGAAAUUCCUAUAGGAAUUGAAAAGUCUGGACCAAAUUUGACAAAUCUGGCAGGAUUUGCACUAGAUCCAUCAGCAUUUGGUAACUAUAGUGGCGGUCUGUAAUAUAUUUUCAACUGUGGAUAUGCCCCGCACUUUUUGAACUGGAGUCUAGUUUUCUAGGGUUUUACAAUGUGUUUCAGUUUGAGAUUCAUUAUUUGAUUUUCAAGAUUUGAGUGUUUUACCUCAUGAGCUAACGUUAAGGUCUUUUAGGAGAGCUCCUUCGUAUCAUUAUAGAUUUUAUUCAGAAAUAAAUAGAACAGGUGCAUCAGGCUCAACUAUACCUAUUUUGCAUUGUGCUGAACUUCAAAGAUUUGAUGAAAAAGAGUAAUUUUUGUACCA